AUGACAAACCUAAUUAGCAGGCGGCUGUACGAAGCAGCACACAAUGGGGACGUAAACCCCUUGCAAGACAUCCGCGACCGAUACCCAUUGCUCCUUAUGGGCGGCACCCUCUUGGACGACCCAUACGACCUUCUCCCUGAGCCCCCACUUCAAGUGGCUGCCUCUUUUGGGCACUUUGAUUUUGUGGUGAGGGUGUUGGAAUUGGAGCCUGCAUCAGCCCACCACUCCGACCGCCAAGGCUUGUCGGCUCUGCACAUGGCGGCUGCCAAUGGGCAUCUCAAUAUCAUUACGCACUUGCUUCAAUUUGAUUCGGAACUCUGCUUUCUGUGCAGUAAUGAUGGCAGAAAUCCUAUGCAUUUUGCGGCUAUGAAUGGGCGGCUGCAGGCCUUGCGGCUGCUGGUCGGAGGAAUUGAGGGUAGAUAUGAUGUUAAGACCUUUCUCAAUGCUAAGGAUGAUCUUGGCUUCACUCUCCUCCAUCUUGCCGUUUAUAAUCAACAUCUCGAGAGAGUGAGGACGGCCAAUUUCCUCCGUGGCCAUGGAGCCGUCCGCUCAUCGGCGCUAAGUUCGACAACCUCCCAGGAGAUUUGGGCCAGAAAGAAGGACACUUUAAUGGUGGUGGCAUCCCUCAUCGCCACCAUGGCCUUCCAAGCCGUCGUCAACCCUCCCGGCGGCGUCUGGCAAGAGGAUGGUGCCCAUAUCAACAACAGCUCGGUCACCAGUCAUCAAGCUGGAAAAUCGGUAAUGGCAGCAAAAAGCCCAAAACUUUACGUGUUCUUCAUAACGUUUGCGUCGUGGGCGUUCAUAUUCUCGCUAAUGGAGUUGCUCCUGCACGUCAGCAACCGCGUCUCCAACAGCGGCAUGGUUUCUGAGGCCUUGAUUGUUUACGCUAAGUACAUGUCCACCCUCUCCCUCGUCGCCACUUAUUCGAUAUCCGCGGCGUUUUUGACCGCCUUGUCUGGCCAAGAUGCUGCCGGCUUCACCUUCUUGAUAUCCAUCACCGCCAUCUUCGUCCUCCUCUAUUUGUUCUUUGUUUUGAGAUAUGGCUUCCGUAAAAGGCCUUCUCCUUUGAAAAAGCCCAUUACUUUUCCUCCCCCUAUUCCUCCACAAUCAUAG